UGUGGGCAGGAGAGGUUCUGUCAAAUGCGAGGUUCCUUUAAUAAGAGCGACCAGUCCGGCUCCGAGAGUCAUGGCGACCGCAGCGUCUAACCACUACAACAUUCUCACCUCCAGCGCAUCCAUCGUGCACUCGGAGCCCGGCAGCAUGCAGCAAGCCACGGCGUACCGGGACGCGCAGAGCCUGUUGCAGAGCGACUACCCGCUGCAGAGCAACAGCCACACGCUCAGCCACGCACACCAGUGGAUAACGGCGCUGUCCCACGGAGAGGGAGCCCCGUGGUCCUCGAGCCCGCUCGGCGCGGAGCAGGACAUUAAACCCGCGGUGCAGGGCGCCCGGGACGAGAUGCACAAUUCCAGCAGCAACCUGCAGCACCAGUCACGGCCGCCCCACCUGGUGCACCAGACGCACGGGAACCACCACGACGCCCGCGCGUGGAGAACCACCACGGCGGCGCACAUACAGAGCAUGGCGACGACAAACGGCCAAAGCCUUAUUUACUCUCAGCCGGGCUUCACCGUCAACGGGCUCAUCCCGGGCAGCGGGCAGGGGAUGCACCACCACAACCUAAGAGACAGUCACGAAGACCACCACAGCCCGCACCUCAGCGAACACGGCCACCCUCCGUCCCAGCAUCAGCACCAGCACCGGCCGCAGAGCCACCACGACCACUCGGAUGAGGAUACGCCGACCUCGGACGACUUGGAGCAGUUCGCCAAGCAGUUCAAACAGCGCAGGAUCAAGCUGGGAUUCACGCAAGCGGACGUGGGACUCGCCCUGGGGACCCUGUACGGAAAUGUGUUUUCGCAAACCACCAUAUGCAGGUUUGAGGCCCUGCAGCUCAGCUUCAAAAACAUGUGCAAGCUGAAGCCUCUAUUGAACAAGUGGCUGGAGGAGGCGGACUCCACCUCGGGCAGCCCGACCAGCCUGGACAAAAUCGCGGCGCAGGGGAGGAAAAGAAAAAAACGGACUUCAAUCGAGGUAAGCGUAAAAGGAGCUUUGGAGAGCCAUUUUUUGAAGUGCCCUAAACCGGCAGCGUCGGAAAUAAUCAGCCUGGCGGACAGUCUGCACCUGGAGAAAGAAGUGGUGAGGGUUUGGUUUUGUAACAGGAGACAGAAGGAAAAACGCAUGACCCCUCCGGGAGGAGCGCUGCCGGGGAGCGAGGAUGUGUACGGGGACACGCCGCCGCACCACGGGGUCCAGACCCCGGUCCAAUGAACUCUGCCGGACCGGCUCCUCCAGGACUUGUUUACCGUUUUAAUUUAUCCCACCCCCCAAGGUUAUAUAUAAAUCACUGGACUAUGAAACGAUAUAGUGGGUGUUUUAUGUAUAAUAGAUUGCAGUGAUUACUGACACAAUAUCUGCAGUGAAUAUCUGAGAAAUGGAAAACGAGUGACGGGAGGACAGGACAUUUUUUGUCCUCCCCUCUCGCAGAGCUGAAGGAACAUAAGCCCGUGUUAUGUUCUCCGAGGAUACAUGCCCAGCACUGUGACUCCAGACGACGCAGUUUCAAGGUGUAGCCCCUAUUGUGUACUGAAAUUAUACUUGACGAAAAAAGGAGGGGAGGGGAAGAAUGGUUUUAGAAGAAAAGCUUCCAUUUUCCAGUUUUUUUUCUUCUUCUAUUUUUUUUAAUAUAUAUCAAUUCCAACCUUUUUGGGGCUGUGCGUAAAAGGGAAAUCAAAGACGUUUUUUUAAUCUUUUAUUUUAUUUUCGUUUCUUUUUCUUUCUUUUUUUUUAGUUUUGUGGCUCUAAAUUGUGCGUCCAGCCGUGAUGGGUGUGUGGGUAGUGCAGUGGGAGGUCAAAGGAGCUGCGUUAAUGGAGUAAAGUGGAGGCCGGUAUAGGCUUCAGCCCCAGUGCAGUGGAGUCCAGCUGAGGGUGAGCAUCGCCUGAGUCCCAUCUGUCAGCCAGACCGCUUUUAAUUAUUCUGUGUGGACUGAGGUCACCAUUUAGUUAAGAACACAUUAUUAUUAUUAUUAUUAUUAUUAUUAUUAUUAUUAUUAUUAUUAUUAUUAUUAUUAUUAUUAGUGCACGUGCAGCUCACUGGUUAAACUCUUCAGUAUAAAUGGCCUGAGCGCAGAGAUGUGGUAAAUAAAAAGUGUGUGACCUCUAUCGUGAGUCAGCCAGCAGUCUAAACAACAAAGUCCGUGUUUUCCACACAACAAGCGUUAAAUAUUAUUAUUUCCCCCCUCAGAGCGUCUCCCAGCUCCAGGAUUGGGGCUCCGUGGCGAUUGAUUGGAUUAUAUGGCACCUUUUUCUUUUUUUCUCUUUUUUUUCUUCUCCCCACAACAGGAUGGGCUCCACACACACAGAUCUCGACACAAGCAACUCUCACAGAACAGUUUGGAUCCGCUUUUGUAAAUAUUGUAUAACUUUAAAAAGUCAUCCCUCUUUUUUCUCGCUUUUUCUUCACUGGGGCACUUUUUCCCAUUUUCUUUCAUUUUUUUGUCCCCCUCCCCCCAAAAAACAAAAAAACAAAACAAAAAACAAAUCAAAAAUCACACACGAGCAGGUUGAGCUUCAGAGUCCAUAGCCUAAACCCACCGCCUUGCACUUGUGUACCUUUUUUAAAUGGUUCGGACUUUUUUUCUUUUUGUUUCUUUCUCUUUUUUUUUGGUAACGCGUUAAUUUUGACGUCUAAAAAUGUCUGCUAUUUUUGUUUGUUUUUUAAAUUCCUCUGAACUUUUAUUUUGCAUUAUUAUUAUUAUUUUUUAUUUAUUUUUUUUGGCUUAAUUCGCCUAGUAAGAGUUUGCUUUCGCCAUUUUGCGCCCGCUCUGAAAUAAAAACAGUGCUUUAAGAGUGAAUCCACAUAAAUAUAGCAGAGAAAUGUCCACAAAUAAACGAUCUAAGGGGAGGAUUACAAAACAAAAUUAAUGUGCGAAUAAUUUGUCCUCAAAACAUAUUUUAGUGGCGUUCCAAAAAUUGCAGCAUAUGAUCAAAAUUAUUAUUAUUUUACAAUAACCAUGCAGCCUUUUUGUUCGUCUGUUUUGCCUUUUUUAUGUAACGGGGGGAAAUUGCGCGUAGACAUUUUAUUUAAUGUUAUUUUUUUUAGUUUUGUUAAUGAGAUUGUAAUUUAUUCUGGGUGGCUUUUACAGAAGAGACAAAGGGUGAGAUAUAUAAGAAAUGAAGAGCCGAGAAGGCUUUUGUUUUGUAGGGGACGGGGUGACAGAAAGAGAGACCUAUUUUUCUUUCUUUUUUUGUAAUAGCGGGAUUGCCACAGCCUGGACCGUCACAGCUAAAUGUAUAUACAUGUUUUUCUCCGUGCAGUAGCUCGCCUUUUUGUUUUAUGCAAAGAGAGAAAUCCAGGGACUUUUUUCCCCUCUCAUGUGGAAACUGCUUUUCUUUUCUCCUCCUCUUCCUUCUCUGUGUUUCAUUUGCAGAAAAAAUAAUAAUAAUAUCAUUAACAAGCAGAAACCAUCAUGGCAUUGAAAUCUUUCUUCCAGUAGCUUUAAAACCAAUCGAUCCAAGUCACAAUUCACUGGAAAUACAAGUUGUGGGAUGUAGACCUGUAGCAAUCCAACGCUGUUCUUCUUGCUGUUUUUGUUUAAUUGCUUGUUUGUUUGUUUUGUUUUGUUUUUUGUUUGUUUUGUUUUUUUUUUGGGGGGGGGGGGGGGGGGGGGGGGGAAUAGGCUAUGUCAUAUUCACUGGAUGAACUUGGGGUAGAUAUGACGCAGAGGUGAGGAAUGCCUGCAGGUGUUUCAUCACUUGACACAUGAACAACGGACUUGCACAUUUUUAAAUAACGGGGUUGAUA